UCCCCCUCUCCCACACUUCAGUGAGACUCUUCAGAGGUGUGGUCACACAAAACUCGUGCUCACGCUGUGUGUGUGUGCGUCAGAAGUGUGUAAUGGCUGCUGAGAUGAAGGAUCUCUCUCAGGACGGCCCUUGGUCUGUUGUCUUCAGCUCCUUCAUGGCUCAGCUGCUGGCGUUUGGUUCUCCCCAGUCAGUGGGAGUUAUUUACCCUGAGUGGCUCAGCACAUUCCAUGAGGGCAAGAGCACCACCGCCUGGGUCGGCUCCACUGUCCUGGGGGUUGGGCUCAUCACCAGCCCUUUGUGCAGUGCGUGUGUGGAUAAUUUUGGCGCCCGGCCCGUGACCAUCUUCAGUGGUGUAAUGGUGGCCGGAGGUUUAAUGCUUAGUGCCUUCGCUCCCAACAUCAUCUUCCUCAUCUUCAGCUAUGGAAUCGUUGUGGGUCUGGGCUGUGGGCUCGUCUAUGCAGCAACAUUGACUGUCACGUGUCAGUAUUUCGAUAAGAGGCGUGGUCUUGCCCUGGGCAUUGUUACUACAGGAACCAGCAUAGGUGGCUUUAUGUAUGCCUCAAUGCAGAACAAGCUGAUUGGUCAUUACGGAUUAGAAGGGUGUCUACUCAUUGUUGGUGCUCUGGCACUAAACCUGAUCGCUUGUGCUGGACCUAUGCGACCUUUAAACCUUCCUGGAUACUACAUCAGACAGAAGGCUGCACUGAAGUGUGCAGACGAAUCUCUCUAUGACAAAGAACUUGUUACGGAACCCUUAGUGGAGCAUCAGACGCUGGUAUGCAUCAUCAAAAAGCACCUCCAGCCUCACCCCGAGUACAUGCAUGGCAUGCGUGAGUGCUUGCGGGAGCCCUCGUUUGUGUCACUCUGCGUCUCAUUUUUCCUAUACAGCCUGGGUGCAAUCCCACCCGUGCUCUUCAUGGAGGAUGUGGCUCAGAGCGAGGGCCUCCUCGAUCAUGUGACACCCAUCCCUCUUGUCUCGAUCACAGCUGCUGCAACAGUAGUGGGUAAGCUGGCACUGGGUAUGUUGGCAGAUGUGCACUGGGUGAACAGCUUGCAACUCUAUGCCAUGACGGUAGCUGCGAUGGGCACCGCUUUGCUAGUAGUGCCCAUGUGGAAGAGUUAUGCUGGGCUUCAGGUGAUCUCAGCUGUCAUUGGCUUCUUCUCAGGUAACUGGUCGAUCACGUCCUACGUCACCACACGCAUUGUGGGCAUUGAACGCCUCGGCCAAGCACACGGGCUCCUUAUGUGCUCCGGUGGCUUUGGGAUCAUUCUGGGACCUCCGGUCGUAGGUUUAUUCUUUGAUUGGACGCAGUCGUAUGAUCUCCCGUUCUACUUUACCGGGUGCUGUUUGCUGGUGGGUGGCGCUGUUCCCUUCAUUACAGCCUCGCUCUGCAAAAAUCCAGUUAACAAGAACAAGAAGAAUGCUUUGGCUGAUCUUAAUGAUGACAUUGUCCAGGAACUCAAAAACCCCUCAGUAUGUAACCGAGUGACUUCUGAACUAGAACAUGUCAGUGAAGAAGAUCUAGUGGCCUCCCAUUGCCUUCCAUCUUUAGCAGUGCCUGCAAGUACACCAGAUAAUGGCUAUGAGACACACCAUUGAUAAAAAGAAUUAGCUUGUCAUUCCUAGAGUUUGAAGUUGUGAUUAAAAACUGAAGCAUGGAACCAAAUGGUAGCAUGUAAAGGCAAAGUCUAUGUCUCAAAUCACAUACUCCUACACUAAUGUAUAGUUUAUAUAUACAUUUUAGUAUUUAGUGCACUAAUAUUGGUUUGGGACAGAUAAAUUAGCCUUGCUACCUUUUUUUCUUCACUGUGAACCUGAAUUUUAAGACUAUUUUGUUGCAGAACUCCAGAAAGCUACUUUAGAUGAGCUGUAUUUAUUUAGUUGACAAAUGUGAAGUAAUAGGGCAGAAACAAAUACUUUGUCUUGUCUUUUUAUUUGCUGCACUGGUUUGAAAAAAAAUGAGAGAAAUUUUCCUUCAGCUGCCAUACGAUGCCGAUCCAACCUUUUCAAUUAACCUAACAGAUGCCUCUAGGUUUUAUCAUUUAUUCUGUCUUUCUUUUAUACAUUCAUUCUUGAUUUUUUAUGGACAGAAAGUUUGUGGUUUUAGAUUUCUUAAUAAUUUUAUAAUAGUUGUCAUGUUUGAUUUUUAAAUAUCUUUAUGAAUAUUAUGUAACAAAUUUCUGUAAAAUCAUUUGAUGUAUUUUCGAUGUUAAGGAUUGGCACUGGGAUUCAGCCAGAACCAAUUAAAUCAUUUGUCA